UUUUGACUUUUGACCAAACUUAUUCAUUUUCAUUUUAUCUUUAAUACCUUGGUAUCUACUUUACUGUAAAGCAAAGGUCGAAAAAUCAACAAAGCACUGCGGUUUUCUUUGUUUAUUUGUUAAUUUCUUUUCGUAAAUUACGCGUUAAAAAAUAAUCUACAUAUACAAAACUCUUAAAAUCUAUCUACGCACCAAAUAAUAAGAACAGUCAAGUGUAAACCCAAGGGCACGUCGCAAUGGGUAAUAAAUCAUCGUUAUUGUUAAGGGAGGAAGAAAUUGCUCAGAUACAAGAAGAAACUGGAUUUACUCCGAACCAAAUUGAGCGUCUCUAUUCUCGCUUUACGUCUUUGGACAAGAAUGACUGCGGCACACUGUCCCGUGAAGAUUUCCUGCGUAUUCCUGAAUUAGCCAUAAACCCUUUGAGUGAGCGAAUAGUCUCCGCCUUCUUUGCAGAAAGCCACGAUGAUAGGGUCAACUUCCUUCAGUUUAUGCGAGUGCUAGCUCACUUCAGGCCUAUUAGGAAAAAUAGAGAAAACAAAUUGAAUAGCCGAGAAGAAAAAUUGAGAUUUGCAUUCUCAAUGUAUGACCUGGACAAUGACGGUAAGAUCUCAAGGGAUGAACUGUUGGCCAUCCUACACAUGAUGGUUGGAGUGAACAUAAGUGAAGAGCAGCUAUCAAGUAUAGCAGAGAGAACAAUACUGGAAGCGGAUGCCAACAAUGACCAGAUGAUUUCCUUCGAAGAAUUUGCUCGAGCCCUCGAGCGGACCGAUGUUGAGCAAAAGAUGUCAAUCCGUUUCCUAAAUUGACCAUUAACCCUAUGAACUGUGCACAUAAAGUACCUACUAACUGUA